GAGAUACGAGUUGUUUAAGGUGUGUUUAAAUUAAAAGAUAGAAAACCUAGCUCGACUUAGCAGACUUCACCUGUGCCGCUCCUGCGUUGCGAUCAAAGGGGGACUGGAAUAUCACAAGUAGCGUAUUAAUGAACAGAAGAUGUGAAAACGUGUGGAAAGUGCGGAGCGUGAAAGUGGCCGUCAGCAGCGAGCACGUUUGAGAUCGAGUCGGUCGCGCCUUUUCAAUUCAUCGCGUGCAACAGGAUGACGAGGUGGAGCGUGUUGUUCGUCGCGGCUAUCGUCGGGAUUCUGUUACUGACGACCGCAACGAAACGUUCAGAAGCGUGCAACGAGGCGAUCUGUGCCAGUGUUGUCAGCAAGUGCAUGUUGACGCAGAGCUGCAAGUGCGAUCUGGUCACCUGCACCUGCUGCAAAGACUGCUUCUCGUGUUUGAGUUACUUGUACGACGAGUGCUGCUCAUGCGUCGAUCUCUGCCCGAAGCCGAACAUCACCGACAACCCGUUGAGCAAGAAAUCUCACGUGGAGGAGUUCAGCGAGCCGGUGCCGGCGCUCUUCCAGGCACUCACAGCCGAAGCGGACUCGCUCGAGAGAUGGCUCACCUUCACGUAUCCGGUAGACUUUGACAUGGCGGUAUUUGCGCCGAAACUCGAGAACGAAAUGAAAUAUCAUAUGCAAACCGCGAACGAGGAGCUGCACCCGCUGAAGCCGAACGUGAUGACGGUGAACUGCACGGUCGCGUUCAUGGCGCAGUGCAAUUCCUGGAACAAGUGUCGGGCGUCCUGCCAGAGUAUGGGCGCCACGAGCUACAGGUGGUUCCACGACGGUUGUUGCGAGUGCGUAGGCGACACGUGCAUCAAUUACGGAAUCAACGAAUCGAGAUGCACGCACUGUCCGCUGGACAAGGAGGACGAGCUGAAGGACCAGUACGACGAUUACGGUCAAGACGAGGACGAGCUGGGCGAAGACGGGAUGGAUUAGCCUUCCGUUCGCGUCCGAACGCUUCCCUCAUUCCAAAUAUAUAUAU